AUGGACGACUUAUCGCUGACUCUUCUCACCGGGGGGAGGAUCUCCUCCCUUCUACGCUCGUCCCGCUUUGACCGAGAAGUUCUCGAAGAUGUUCAAGCCACCCUUCUUCGGGUUGAAAGCUUGCUGCACCAAUGUUCAGGAACACACUCUCCUGGCCGCGGCUCGGCUGCGGGUGAAUUGGUUGGCCCUGACGCGUCGAUUACGAGUGACAAAACCAUCACGGACGAGUCUCACCUUUCCGCUGAUUUACACACCGCAGUGUCAAGCCAAGAUGACCUACCUAUCCUUCCUUCUAACAGAAAUUUCGAUACACCGGCAGUUGAAUCAACCCCUUCAUCUACGAAUACCGUCACCACAAUAGGCCAAUUCUUCAAGUACGAUCUCUACGCCGCGGAUCAAACAGCACUGGUAGAUGUGCCCCUACGGCAAGAAGACACACAAAGGAAAUGCGAUCAGGGGUAUGGCUGGGUCAACUUUGUCUAUGAGGACACGGAUGAGAAGGACUUCCCUCAGGAAGAGGAAACCACGACACAGGGAACCCAAGCUUUUGUAACCCAGGAGGCGAGUCAUGUUAAUAAUGCAAGCGCUGACGAGUGCACCCAAGCGUCACUAAAGGAAGCAUGA